UUUUUCAAUAUACUUGUUUCAUAGUUUAGUAGUUAUGUAGCAUAUACACGUACACCAUUCCAAGAUUCGUUUAAGAGUUUUUUGUUUUAAAUUAAUAUCAAAUACUCAUAUUUCUAAGUUGGAUAUUUUCAAAUCAAAAAAGUUAUUUCUAAAAUUUAAAUUUAUUGAAAUUUUGAAAGUUCAAAACUUUUAUAAUGCCGUGUUCUGCUGUAACCUUAUCUUUGGCUACUAUAUCUGGAAUAGUUGCAGUCGCUCUUUUAGCUAUUGCUUUUUCAACAGAUAAUUGGGUUUACUAUGAAGUCAAAAGAAGUAAUAUUCAGGUGUUUGCCGAGAAACAUCCUGAAUCAACUUUGCUCCUAGAACAUCUCAGCAUUAAGUACUAUUAUUACACGAGAACUAGAGGUUUAUUUAGGUACUGUUAUCCUAAGGAUCGCCCACCUGCAAACAGAAUUCAUAUUUAUUUAUCACCAGUUGAAACCCAUUGCUCAAAUAUUAAUUAUUUCCCUGAAGAAGAAAAAGAGCAACUUCCAAAUGAUGAUGCAAUUUCUCGCUUACAUUUAGCACGGUCAUGUAUUGCUUUGUUCAUUUUAAGCUUUGUUGUUGUAUUUUGUGCCUUUUGGACUGGCCUAUCAGGAUGUUGGAAACGAUCAUCAGGUGCUAUAACGGCGACAGCAUUUUUAAUGUUGUCAGCAUGCCUUUUAGCUUCUGGUGCUAUGGGUCUUUGGCAUACUGUUGAAUUCUUUGAAAAAGAAAAAGUAGUUGGUGAAGAUUAUUAUCAGCAAUGGAAUACUAUACUCAAAGAUAGCACGAAAAUUUCAUACGAUUGGUCAUAUAUUGUAGCUUGGGCAGGAGUUGGUUUUAGCUUAUUAUCAUCGAUAUUGUUAUCAGGCGCUGCUAUUUGUUUGAAAUCAGAGAGAGGAAAGGAAGACCAAUUGAAUUUGCAGUAUUUAAUGCCCGUGUAUUCACAAAAACAAACGGCAUAUCCGGCUUUUGCAGGAUAUCCUCAGCCACAGAUGUAUCCCAAUGCAUAUUUCCACGGGUCUCAAUACGGCCCUUAUUAGUUUAUAUUUAAUAUUGCAUUAUGUAUGUAAUCAAUUUUGUAACAAUUUAAUUGUAAUAAGUAUUUUUCAUUUUCUAAAACAAAAUUAUCAAUAUAAAAA